UGAGGGCAUUAUUUCUGCGGGGCUGUGCUGUGUGUGUGUCCUGUUGUCCCGCUCUGCAGUGAGACAGACAGCUGUGGGUUUACCGCGGCUGUGUGUGAGAGUGUGUGUAGCCGUGUGUGUGUGUUUCGGCUGUGAAAGUGGCGGCGGUGGAGGAGCGCGUGCAGGACUCUCCGGUGGGAACAGCACUGCGGACUAAAAGUUGCUGCACAGUUGAAGGAAGCAUGCUGAGGGUCUGAGAGAGAGAGGGAGAGAGAGGCGCGCGCGUGAAGAGAGGUGAUCAACUCAACUGGCAUUCCACCAAGCUUAUUGGCUCCCGCCGUGAUGGACAUGAAGGAGAGGCGUCAUCGCUCUCUGACCCGGGGAAGGUGCAGGAAGGAACUGCAUUACGCCACGUCCGCGCUGGACAUGGACGAGUGCUGUGUAGCCACCCAGAAGUCCUACAGCUCCAGCGAGACGCUGAAAGCCUACGAGCAGGACGCUGGACGACUGCACUACGGGGGCUGUGUGGCCGAGCUCGUUCACCAUGAGACAGAGGAGUACGUCAGACAAGCCUACGUGGAGCUGGCCCCUAUCGGCUUCAGGUACUUCAUGUCAGGGAGCUUCACGCUUGCGGAGCUGGGUGUGUGUGACCCUCCUCAGCAGCAGAGUGUGUACUGCUCAGACCUGAGCCUGGUGCAGCGGGGAUACUCGCUGAGCACCGCCUCUGAUGGCGACUCAGAUCCCGAAGGCGUAAUGACCCCGGAGCGUGCCGUCCAGCUGUGGAGCGGCCAGGGCCUGAAGACCUGCCGCAGCUCGGGCCUGUCCAGCCCCGACCACUCAGCCCUGACCCUCACCGACUCCGAGAACGAGCACAAGACUGACGACGAGUCAGCAUACUUUGAUGAUGAAGACGUGUUCAGUGAUCACCCAUUCAGUCCAUCCAGCCACCACAGUCAGCUGGCUCCGCGGCCUCCUCUUCCCCCACCACACAACCACCACCAAUCUUCGGCUAAUUCGCUGAACCGCAGCGCCCAUGCCAGCCGCCGGAACCCUCAAAGCCACACACCCACCUCGGCCCCCGUCGACGGGCCCUCCACUCCGGAGUCCGUGCAGCUCCAGGACAGCUGGGCUCUCAACAGCAGCGUUCCGCUCGAGACACGGCACUUCCUGUUUAAGACACCAUCAGGGAGCACUCCUCUCUUCAGCAGCUCCUCUCCCGGUUACCCACUCACCGGGGGCACCGUCUAUUCUCCACCGCCACGUCUUCUGCCCAGGAACACUUUCUCCAGGAGCUCCUUCAAGCUGAAGAAGCCGUCAAAGUACUGCAGCUGGAAAUGUGCCGCUGUCUCUGCUAUUGCUGCCGCUGUGCUGCUGGCUGUGCUUCUCUCUUACUUUAUAGCUCUCAAUCUGCUUGGGCUGAAUUGGCGUCUGAAGCCUACAGAUGGGCAUCUUGUCACUACCAGCCUCAGCACGGGCAUCCCUGGCACUGGUGAGGUGGCAGCAGUGCCCUCCGGAGGCAGAGGGCCAUGGCUGUUGAGGAACAGCAGUAUAAACAGUGGGGAGCUGGAAGUGGGCCGGAGGGUGAGUCAGGAGGUUCCGCCGGGCGUGUUUUGGAGGUCACUGCUGCACCUACGUCAACCGCACUUCCUCAAGUUCAACAUCUCCCUGGGCAAGGACGCCUUGUUUGGAGUCUACAUGAGAAAAGGCCUACCGCCCUCACAUGCCCAGUAUGACUACAUGGAACGUCUUGACGGAAAGGAGAAGUGGAGCGUGGUGGAGUCUCCACGAGAGCGUCGCAGUAUCCAGACAGUGGUGCAGAACGAGGCCAUCUUUGUGCAAUAUCUGGACCCUGGCACAUGGCACCUGGCCUUCUACAAUGACGGAAAGGAAAAAGAGCCUGUCUCUUUCAGCACAGUGGCUCUAGAUUCUGUGCAAGAGUGCCCCCAGAAUUGCCAUGGUAACGGAGAGUGUACGUCAGGAGUGUGUCACUGCUUCCCUGGUUUCCACGGCAUGGAUUGCUCUAAAGCGGCAUGUCCAGUGCUGUGCAGUGGCAACGGGCAGUACAGUAAGGGAGUGUGCAUGUGCUACAGUGGAUGGAAGGGGCUGGAGUGCGAUGUACCAGUAAGCCAAUGCAUCGACCCAGAGUGCGGUGGCCAUGGCACCUGCAGCCAGGGCACAUGCACCUGCGCAGCUGGCUACCGUGGUGACAGCUGCGAGGAAGUGGAUUGUCUGGACCCUAUGUGUUCUGGGCACGGAACGUGCCUGCAGGGUCAGUGUCACUGUAAGCUGGGCUGGACGGGGCCUUUGUGUGACCUGCCCAGAGCGCAGUGUCCUGACCAGUGCCACGGCCACGGAGUCUAUAGUGCUGAUACAGGCCUCUGCAGCUGUGAUCCCAACUGGAUGGGUCCAGACUGUUCCACAGAGGUGUGUUCUGCGGACUGCGGGAGUCACGGGGUGUGUGUGGGUGGUGUCUGUCACUGUGAAGAGGGAUGGGCUGGUGCUGGGUGUGACCAGAGGCUGUGUAACCCACAGUGUGUGAAGCAUGGCACCUGCAGGGACGGCAAAUGCCAGUGUGAGCAAGGUUGGAAUGGAGAGCACUGCACCAUCGAUGGGUGUCCAGGGCUCUGCAAUGGUAACGGGCAGUGCAUUAUGGGUCAGAACAGCUGGCACUGUGAAUGCCACACUGGCUGGAGAGGUCCAGGCUGCAGCGUUGCCAUGGAGAUAUCCUGCAACGACAACAAGGACAACGAAGGAGAUGGCCUGGUUGACUGCAUGGAUCCAGACUGUUGCACUCAAACCUCAUGCCUGACCAAUCCACUUUGCCGCGGUUCACGUGACCCACUGCAGGUCAUCCAGCAGAGUCAGUCAGCUGGACAGAAAGUCAGCUCCUUCUACGACAGAGUCAAGGUGCUGGUGGGACGAGACAGUACUCAUAUUAUACCAGGCAGUAAUCCCUUCAACACUAGCCUAGCAUCUCUAAUUCGCGGCCAGGUCCUAACAUCUGAUGGAACUCCCCUGGUGGGGGUCAAUGUGAGCUUUGUGAAAUACCCUCAUUAUGGUUACACCAUGACUCGCCAGGACGGCACAUUUGAUCUGGUGGCUAACGGUGGGUCGUCUCUCACGCUCCGCUUUGAGCGAGCUCCAUUCCUGAGUCAGGAGCGCACAGUGUGGCUGCCGUGGAACCGCUUUUACGCCAUGGACACUCUUGUGCUGAAGACAGAGGAAAACACUAUCCCAGGCUGUGACCUGAGUGGCUUUGUCAGACCUGACCCUGUAGUAGUGCCCUCACCUCUCUCUUCUUUCUUCAGCUCCAACCCCACAGAAAAGCACAUCAUACCUGAAACCCAGGUUCUCCAUGAACAAGUUGAAAUCCCAGGCACCAGUCUGAACCUGUGCUACCUGAGCUCCAGGGCCUCAGGCUACCAUGCCCUGCUUAAAGUGACCAUGACACCGGCCCUGGUGCCUCUCAGCCUUGCCAAGGUGCAUCUGAUGGUUGCUGUUGAGGGACAUCUUUUCCAGAAGUGGUUUCAUGCCUCACCUAACCUGGCCUACACCUACAUCUGGGACAAGACUGAUGCCUACAGGCAGAGAGUGUAUGGUCUGUCUGAAGCUGUGGUCUCUGUGGGAUACGAGUAUGAGACUUGUCCCAGUCAGAUUCUGUGGGAGAAGAGAACUGCAGUACUCCAGGGCUAUGAGCUCAGUCCCUCUAACCUCGGAGGAUGGUCACUGGAUAAGCACCACACACUCAAUAUUCGCCAUGGUAUCCUCCAUAAGGGCAGUGGGGAGAAUGUGUUUAUAUCUCAGCAGCAGCCUCCGGUCAUCAGCAGCAUUAUGGGAAACGGGCGGCGCCGCAGCAUAUCCUGCCCCAGCUGCAGCGGCCUGGCUGAGGGAAACAAGCUGCUGGCACCCGUAGCCCUGGCCUGUGAUGGGGAAGGCAAUCUUUAUGUGGGUGACCUAAACUUCGUCAGGAGGGUUUAUCCUUCCCUCAACACCACUGCUAUCCUAGAGCUUCGAAAUAAAGAUCUGCGACACAGCAACAGCCCGAGCCAUAAGUAUUACCUGGCGGUGGAUCCGGUCUCGGGCGCUCUGCUCCUGUCAGACACCAACUCCAGACAGAUCUACCGUGUGCGCUCGCUAAGCGGGGGGCACCCGCUGCUGGAGAAUGCCCAGGUGGUGGCUGGAACGGGAGAGCAGUGUGUGCCCUUUGACGAGGCCCGCUGUGGCGAUGGGGGCAAGGCUGUGGAGGCCACGCUGAUGAGCCCCAGAGGCAUUGCAGUGGAUAAAAACGGGCUCAUGUACUUUGUGGAUGCCACCAUGAUACGUAAGGUAGACCAGAACGGCAUCAUCUCCACUCUGAUAAAGACCAAUGACCUGACUGCAGUUCGGCCUCUCAGCUGUGACUCCAGCAUGGACGUCAGCCAGGUACGUUUGGAGUGGCCCACGGACCUGGCCGUAAACCCCAUGGACAAUUCCCUGUAUGUGCUGGAGAACAAUGUGGUUCUGCGCAUCACAGAGAACCACCAGGUGAGCAUUGUGGCCGGUCGACCCAUGCACUGUCAAGUGCCAGGCAUCGACUACUCCCUCAGCAAGCUGGCCAUUCACUCAGCACUGGAAAGUGCCACAGCAAUCUCCAUCUCGCACACCGGCGUGCUAUACAUUGCUGAGACAGAUGAGAAGCGCAUCAACCGGGUGCGGCAAGUCAGCGCCAGUGGAGAGAUCUCAUUACUGGCCGGUGCUGCAUCUGAAUGUGACUGCAAAAAUGACGUCAACUGCAACUGCUUCUCUGGUGAUGAGGGCUACGCAGCCGACGCCAACCUGAACUCUCCUGCCUCGCUGGCAGUCUCCCCUGAUGGCACACUUUAUAUCGCAGACCUCAACAACAUUCGUGUUCGAGGAGUCCACCGCAACCAGCCCAACUCUACGUCAUCUGCUGCCGCCGGACGCUACGAGGUGGGCUCCUCCCUGGAGCAGGAGCUGUACUUGUUUAGCGAGGAUGGCCUGCAUCGGCAGACAGUGAGCCUCGUUACUGGCCUGCCUCUAUACAACUUCAGCUAUGGCAUGGAUGGAGAGCUGGCCUCUGUCACAGACAACUCAAACAACACACUAAAGAUCAGAAGAGAGGCGGGUGGCUCAGUCCGGCUGGUGCUGUUGCCUGAGAAUCAGGUGGUAACCUUGGGGAUGGAUGCAGCCGGCAGCCUGCGCUCUGUCUCUGCUCUUAACCAGGAGGUGGCAGUGCUGAGUUAUGCUGGAAACACUGAACUGCUGGCCUCCAAGUCUGAUGAGACUGGCUGGACCAACUUCUAUGAGUAUGAUAGUGAGGGACGCCUUACUAAUGUGUCUUACCCCACUGGUAUGGUGACCAGUCUGCACCGUGAGAUGGAGCAGUCUAUUAAUAUUGACAUGGAGAGCUCAAACAGAGACGAUGAUGUCACUGUCAUAACCAACCUAUCAUCAGUGGAGGCAUCCUACACUGUGGUUCAGGACCAAGUCCGGAACAGCUAUCAGAUGUAUUACAACGGCACCUUGCGGGUUUCUUAUGCCAAUGGCAUGGGGAUUAGCUUUCACACUGAGCCACACAUCCUAGCAGGCUCAGUCAGUCCCACCAUCGGGAGGCGCAACAUUUCCCUGCCCACAGACAGUGGACUUAACUCCAUUGAGUGGAGGAUGAGGAAGGAGCUGACCAAAGGCAAAGUCACCGUGUUUGGAAGGAAACUGCGUGCUCACGGCAGGAACCUGCUCUCCAUUGAUUAUGACCGCACCACAAGGACAGAGAAAGUGUAUGAUGACCACCGUAAAUUUACACUUCGUAUCAUCUACGAUGCUCAAGGCCGGCCUGCCACCUGGCUUCCCAGCAGCAGCCUGGCCCUGGUAAAUGUGUCCUACUCACCCACUGGCUGCCUGGUGGGCUUGCAGAGGGGCAGCAUGAGUGAGAAGAGUGAGUUUGACAGCUUCGGCCGCAUCCUGUCCCGCACCUUUGUGGAUGGGAAAGUGUGGAGUUUCAGCUACCUGGACAAGUCUAUGGUGUUGCUUCUGCAGCAGAGUCAGAAACAGUAUGUGUUUGAAUUUGACACCUCUGGUCGGAUCACAGCGGUCACCAUGCCAAGCAUGGCAAGGCACACCAUGUCAACUCACGUGUCCGUGGGCUAUAUCCGCAACACCUACAAUCCUCCAGAGAGCAAUGCCACUGUGAUCCAUGACUUCACAGAGGAUGGCCGUCCCCGGGCCACUUUCUACCUGGGCACGGGACGUCGCAUGUUGUACAAGUACGGCAAGCUGGCCAAGCUCUCAGAGGUGCUGUAUGACUCAACAGCAGUCACCUUUGGCUACGACGAGACGGCUGGCGUUCUCAAGAUGGUUAACUUGCAAAGUGGUGGCUUUUCCUGCACUAUUCGCUACCGAAAGCUCGGCCCCCUGGUAGACAAACAGAUGUACCGCUUCUCUGAGGAAGGCAUGGUGAAUGCUCGCUUUGACUACACCUACCAUGACAACAGCUUCCGAGUAGCUAGUGUGAAGCCAGUGAUUGGAGAGACUCCCCUUCCUGUGGACCUCUAUCGCUACGAUGAAAUCUCUGGCAAGGUGGAGCACUUUGGUAAAUUUGGCAUCAUCUACUAUGACAUCAACCAGAUCAUCACCACAGCAGUCAUGACACUCAGUAAGCACUUUGAUGCCCACGGUCGUAUUAAAGAGGUGCAGUAUGAAAUAUUCCGCUCACUCAUGUACUGGAUGACCGUGCAGUACGACAGCAUGGGACGCGUCAUCAAACGCGAGCUCAAGAUUGGGCCUUAUGCUAACACCACACAAUACCGGUAUGAAUAUGAUGGUGAUGGCCAACUUGUAGGGGUCAAAGUUAAUGACUGGUCCACUUGGCGCUAUAGCUAUGAUCUCAAUGGCAACCUCCAUUUGCUCAACCCAGGCAACAGUGCCCGACUCCUGCCUCUGCGUUAUGACCUGCGUGACCGCAUCACACGCCUGGGAGAUGUGCAGUACAAGCUGGAUGAAGAUGGGGUGCUGUGCCAAAGGGGAUCAGAUGUCUUUGAAUAUAAUUCCAAAGGACUCCUAGAGAGAGCCUACAGUCGGACUGGAGAGGGCUGGAGUGUCCGCUACCGAUACGAUGGCCUAGGACGAAGAGUGUCACGCCGCACCAUUAGUGGAGAACACCAGCAGUACUUCUACGCUGACCUCAACUACCCAGCCCGGGUGACCCAUGUCUACAACCACACUCGAGCAGAGAUCACGUCUUUCUAUUAUGACCUGCAGGGUCAUCUGUUCGCCAUGGAGGUGAGCAGCGGAGAGGAGUACUAUAUUGCUUCAGACAACACAGGUACUCCACUUGCCGUCUUCAGCAGUAAUGGGCAGAUGGUGAAGCAGCUUCAGUACACAGCAUAUGGUGAGAUCUACCAUGACUCCAACCCAGACUUUCAGCUGGCACUGGGAUUCCACGGCGGCCUUUAUGACCCCCUCACAAAGCUGGUACACUUUGCCCAAAGAGACUACGAUGUACUGGCAGGGCGCUGGACUUCACCUGACCACACAAUGUGGGCGAAAAUGGGAAAGGAGCCAGCUCCUUUCAACCUGUAUAUGUUCAAGAACAACAAUCCUCUCAGUGACAUGAUUGAUGUUAAGAACUAUGUGACAGAUGUGAAGAGCUGGUUGGUGAUGUUUGGUUUCCAGUUGAGUAAUAUCAUACCUGGGUUUCCCAGGCACCCUUUGUAUUUUGUUGACCCUCCAUAUGAACUGCUUUCCAGUCAGGACUGUGACAAUGCCCAGCUAUUUACUGGAGUCCAGCAUUCAGUGGAACGUCACAACCAGGCUUUCAUGGCUUUAGAAGGCAGACUGCUCAACAAACAACGGCGGGCCAAGCAUGACAAGCCAGGCUACUGGUUCGGUACCAGCACCCCCAUCGUGGGAAAGGGCAUGAUGCUGGCCAUUCGAGAUGGUCAUGUGCUGACAUCUGUGUCCAGCGCAGCCAGCGAGGACAGCCGAAAGAUUGCACAGAUCCUGAGCAACACCAUCUACCUGGAAGGUACACAUUACACCAUCGACGGACGUGACUGGCACUUCUUCGUAAAAUUGGGGCUGGCCGAUGGUGACCUGCUGGCUCUGGGCUUUAGCAGUGGGCGGAAGACACUAGAGAACGGUGUCAACGUAACAGUCAGCGGGCGCUCACGAAGAGGCGUUACGAUGGAAAUCCAUACAGCAACGUUAGCUUUUAGCAUUCGCUACGGGCUGACACCGGAGGUACUAGAAAAGGAACGUGCACGAGUGCUGGAACAGGCCCAUCAGAGAGCGAUGGCCAGGGCGUGGGCCAGGGAGCAGCAGCAGGUGCAGGAGGGCAGGGACGGGGGCCGUGCAUGGACAGAAAGCGAGAAGCAGCAGCUGCUGGCUGUGGGAAAGGUCCCAGCAUACGAGGGCUAUUACGUUCUGCCUGUGGAGCAGUAUCCUGAACUCGCAGACAGUAGCACUAACGUUCAGUUCCUCAAACAGAACGAGAUGGGAAAGAGGUAACAGCCCAGGCUGCUGCAGCCACUACCCCCUCCCUCAUCUCCCAAGGAGAGAGCAGAGACCUAAUCCAGGGAGAGCUGCAGGCACCUUUCACAAAAGACUAUCCACAUGGAAAAACUGCAGCCGAUGGCCAAAACCUACUCGAUUUGUAAAAGCACCUGUAACUACACAAACUGUCCUUUUUUUCUAAGUGAAUUUAGACUUUUUAGGAAAAAUGGCAUAUUUUUAAGUCAUUUUGGGAUGUGUAUAAAUUGCUGUGAUGUUUGUGUAACAUCCAGGCUUGUAUUUUCUGACCUCCAUAUCAAGACUCCUGAGGCACUUAAGUCGCCAGCUCAGGCAUCAGAAUACAUUAAUGCUACUUAAAAUUGCCAUCACUUGGCCAUAUAUCAACCCCAAGGACAAUAAACCACGCAGGAUUCAUUUCAAGUACUUGUUUAAAAGGAACUUUGAUGUUGCUCAUUUUAACCUUUCAUCCUCUCAUCUUAAAGACUUAAUGUAAUGUAUGUAGAUUUGACUUGUACUAUGGCGAGCUGCUCUGAAGAGCCCUUCACUGGGAUGCACCUUUGAAGUGCCGAUCAAGUGUGGCUUCAAUGGUUUCUGUCCUUUUCAGUUUGCACUAUAUGACAAUCACGAGGAGAUGGACGUUAAAGCAAACGAGCUACCGGCCACCAAUCUCCACAAAGGUUGAUCAUUUUUAUUUACCCUUUGUAUGAUAUGUAAUAAAAGCGCAAUUAAGAUUUUUUUUAUGGAUUUUAAUUUGCAGCCAAGCAGUGGGAUUACAGAAAGCUAAUAUAUGUUGUCUUUUCAGAUUGUUUAAUGCUUUAAAUUAAGUCUUUGAAACUGUGAAACACAUAUUGCGCUCAUACUGUAUGUAAAACUUUGUCGUCAAUUAGAAAGACUGGAUUCAGAUCCAGGGUGUACAUUUAUUUAAAGAAGUGACUGUCAUCAUGUUUGGAAAAUAAUCCAUGGCAAGGAACAUCCAUGGAAACAGGUUUGUGUGACAUUUGAGUACUCAGAGCUCCAGCAUCUAUAGAACUUUUUUUUUCUUUCUUUCUUUUUCAAUUGGGUUUCAUUACUGUUGAACCAGAAUCUCUCCCCCUCACUGUGAAGCACCGCAGUGUGGAUGUUGAGACAUACUUUAACUAGUGCAAAAACACGCUCGGACACUGGAGGACAGAGAUUGUUUAGGAGUUUUCUGAAAAAAUAAACAGUUCCAUUUUUA